GCGGGGGCGACAGGCGCGCCUGAGGGCGCCGCGCGGACGUGAGGGGCGCGGGCACCGUGGGCAGUGGGCCGGGGGCCGACAGCAGCGGGACAGAGACCAGGGCAGUGGGACGGGGACCCAGGAGAGCCGGACCGCGACUGCGUCAGCUGCAUGGUGGCCAAGCUGGCGCGAGCCUGCACCCUGCGCAUCCGCCCGCAGAAGCUCAACUUCAUCCUGGCGGACACGGCGGCCGGCGGCGGGGUCAGCAUGUGGUGCGAGCUGCCGCAGGAGAACUUCUUCAGCGAGUUCCAGAUGGAGGGGGUCUCCGAGGAGAGCAACGAGAUCUGCGUGGAGCUCACGUCGGAGAACCUGUUCCGCGCCCUGAAAACGGCCCAGAACGCCCGCUCGCUCAAAGUCAAGCUCACGAACAAGCACUUCCCCUGCCUGACGGUGUCGGUGGAGCUGUCGUCCGCGUCGAACAGCAGCCGCACGGUGACCCACGACAUCCCCGUCAAGGUCAUUCCCAGGAAGCUGUGGAAGAACUUGCAGGAGCCGACAGUGCCCAACUCUGAUGUCAGCAUUUACUUGCCGGUCCUGAAGACCAUGAAGAGCGUGGUGGAGAAGAUGAGAAACAUCAGCCAUCACCUGAUCAUCGAAGCGAACCUGAGUGGAGAUUUGAACUUGAAAAUAGAAUCUGAAUUAGUGUGUGUUACAACUCAUUUUAAGGAUCUUGGAAAUCCUCCGUUAGCCCCAGAAGCCGCCACUCAGGACGGAGACCCCGAGCAGAUGGCGGAGGUGCAUGUGGACAUCAGGAAGUUCCUGCAGUUCCUGGCUGGGCAGCAGGCGAACCCGACCAAGGCCGUCUGCAACAUCGUGAGUCACAGGAUGGUCCACUUCGACUUGCUGCACGAGGACGUGGCCCUGCAGUACUUCAUCCCGGCCCUGUCGUAGCGCUGCCGGGGGCCUCCGCUGGGACCCGACGGGCCGCUGGCCGUGUGGGGCUGGUUCACGGCAGCGCAGGUCCCGUGCAGUCCCCUGUCCCCCUCUGCAGCCUUUCAGCGAGGAGGUGCCUUAACGAAUAGCAGCUGGAUAAACACGUUACUUUGUUA